AUGAUCUCUGCUAUCCUACGCGUCGUUUCGCUCUUCACGCUUACACUGGGAAAGCAUGUCUCGCGCAUGCAUUUGCGCGAGAAACGAGAGAGCAUCCCGACAGGCUUUACGUUUACUGGUUCUCCCUCAUCCGACACUCUGCUUGACCUCCGCAUCGCGCUCGUGCAGAGCAAUCCCGCGGGUCUUGUAGACGCGCUCUAUGAUGUUAGCACUCCCUCUAGCCAGAACUACGGGAAGUAUCUGACCAAGGAAGAGGCCGCGCAAUUUGUCUCUCCGACUUCGGAAACCGCAGCCGCCGUGAACUCCUGGUUGCAAGCGAACGAUAUCACUGCGACUGCGAUUACCCCGGCUGCCGACUGGCUGAGCUUCAGCAUCCCGGUCAGCAAGGCGAACGAUAUCUUUGCUACUGAAUUCUCGGUCUUUACCCACUCCAGCACCGGGAAGCAGACGAUUCGCACGCUCGAGUACUCCAUUCCUGCAGAGCUGCAGAGGCAUCUGGACAUCGUGUACCCAGGUACUACCUUCCCGGUCUACACGAACAAAGGCCGGAUUUCUUCCACGAGGUCGCGCGUGCCCAAGCGCUCUGUUUCUGCGAGGCAAGACUGCUCGUCAACCAUCACUCCGUCCUGCCUGCAGUCUAUUUACGGUAUCCCCGCCACUCCUGCGACACAGUCGACCAAUCAGCUGCUUGUGACUGGCUUCAUUGGUCAGUACGCGAAUCAGGCAGACUUGCAGACAUUUUUGGAGGAUUUUCGCCCAAAUAUGAGUUCGUCCACGACGUUCGUCCUCCAGCUCCUCGAUGGCGGUUCUGAUCCUCAGGGUGGUAGUGACGCUGGUGUUGAAGCUAACCUUGACACGCAGUACACCACUGGCAUCGCGACCGAUGUUCCCAUCACUUUCCUGUCGGUCGGUUCCAACAACAAUGAUGGUUAUCUCUCAGGAUUCUUGGACGUGGCAAACUACCUUCUUGCAGAGAACUCCCCGCCGCAGGCGAUGUCCACCAGUUACAGCUUCAAUGAACCUGGAAUGCCCAGCGACUUGGCGAACAACCUGUGCAACGCGUACGCUCAGCUCGGUGCGCGUGGCGUGUCCAUCAUGUUCGCCUCUGGAGACGGUGGCGUUUCUGGAGGUCAGUCUCAAGGCUGUUCUACGUUCAUUCCCACGUUCCCCUCUACCUGCCCUUACGUGACUUCUGUUGGCGCCACGAGCGGCGUCCCGGAGACUGCUGCGUACUUCUCCAGCGGCGGUUUCUCCAACUACUUUCCGGUCCCUUCAUUCCAGCAGGGGGUGGUGGACUCCUACAUCGCCGGCCUCGGUAGCACCUACAGCGGGCUCUACAAUGCGUCUGGGCGCGGGUUUCCCGACGUGUCCGCACAGGGAGUCAAUUUCGAAAUCAUCGUAGAUGGAUCUCAGGAGAGCGUGGACGGCACGAGCUGCUCGAGCCCGACGUUCACGAGCAUCAUCGCGCUGCUGAACGAUCAGCUCAUCGCGGCGGGAAAGCCUCCGCUUGGCUGGCUGAAUCCGUUCUUGUACUCAUCGAAGGGUGCGUCGGCAUUCAAUGAUAUCCCUUCCGGAACGAACCCAGGAUGCGGCACCAACGGUUUCUCUGCGGGCACUGGAUGGGAUCCUAUCACCGGUCUUGGCACUCCGAACUUUGCCAAACUCUUGACUGCGGUCGGUCUUUAG